AAUGAAUCAUUCAAAUGAAAAUUGUUUGAGUAACCGAUAGUUAACUAAUUCGAAGGAAUAUAUCAUUGAUAAAGAAGUUAGCAGUUAUAACAAAAGCAUAAACUUCAUUGAGAAAAUAAAAAUUCAAAUUAAGUUCAUGUCAGAUUAACAAAUAUUUUAUUCAUAAAAUGGAGCAAUACUGAGAGUGUAAAUUUUAUAUCUAAUUUAUAACAAAGGGUAUAAGGCCAUGAUUUCGUUGAUAAUCCAAAAAUGUUCAAUAAUAUGGAUCAAAUUUGCGAUCUUGAAUGGUAAGGUUAGUAUUCUAAAAACAAAAAGAAAGAAGGUAAAUGGAUUAUUUCUUGGAAUAAAGAACUUCUAAAAAAUACUGGCGGAUAAUAUAAAGCUGGGUAAAAGUAAGGGUUAUGGAAAGACAUAUUCUUAAACUAUUGGAAGUAAGAUACUAAGAUUCAAUAUUAUUAAUAGCUAAGCGCAAAUAAUUGAAACUGGAGAAUAUAAUAAAAACUUAAGAAUUGGAAAAUGGAAUUAAAUUAGUUAGGGCGUGAGAAUGUAUAUAUUUUAAAUUUUUUUAGUGGUGGCGGUUUAUACAAUAAAGAAGGAUAAAAAUAAGGUAAAUGGAUUGACCUUGACGAAGGUUAUUAUAGAGAUAAAAAGGUCACUCAUAUUGGUGAAUAUGAUUUUAACGGUAAGAAGGUAGGAAGAUGGGAUAUUAUGUAUUGUAAACAUGAUGAGAAGAAAUAUAAAUAAUUGUAAAUAUUAUAUAAUUAUAAGCGAAUAUAAAAAAAUAUAGUGGAGGUGGAUCAUAUGAUAAAGAAGGAAAUGAGAAAAAAAUAGGAAAAUGGGUAGAAUUGGAUGAAGGGUUUUAUUUUUGUAAAUAAGUAACUCAUAAUGGGGAAUAUAAUAUAAAUGGUAUAAAGGUAGGUCGAUGGGAUAUUAAGUAUUGUAAAUACGAUGAAUAGGAAUAUAAAAAAAUAUAAAUAAUCUAUAAGUAUAAGGGAAAAAGAAAUGUGUAUUUUGGUGGUGGAUCAUAUGAUUAAGAAGGAAAUUAGAAAAAGAUUGGAAAAUGGGUAGAAUUGGAUGAAGGGUUUUAAUAUUAUAAAUAAGUCAUCCAUAAUGGUGAAUAUAAUAUGAAUGGAAGGAAGACAGGUAGAUGGGAUAUUAUGUAGUGUAAAAGUUAUGAAGGAGAAUAUAAAUUAUUGUAAAAAUUAUCUUAAGAUAAGGGAAAUAUGUGAUUUAGUGGAGGUGGAUCAUAUGAUUAAGAUGGGAAUUAGAAUAAAAUUGGAAAGUGGGUAGAAUUGUAUCAAUGGUUUUAUUGUGGCGAAUUUGAGUCAAAAUAUGUCACUUAUAAUGGUGAAUAUAAUAUGAAUGGUAUGAAAAUAGGAAGAUGGGAUAUUCGUUUUGCUGGAGGAAAAUAUCUGUAAAUAUUAUAUGUUUAAGAGGAAUAUUAAUAUAUAGAGGUGGCGGAGAAUAUGAUUUAGAAGGAAAUUAGAAAAAGAUUGGAAAAUGGAUAGAGUUGGUUGAAGGGUUUUAACAUAAUAAAUAAGUCAUCCAUAAUGGUGAAUAUAAUAUGACUGGUA